GAGUCUCCGCCUUGCCGUCCAGCCUGUCCUUGGUGUGGGGUGCUUGGAAGUGCAAGCACCCUCUCCGGUUCUUUGCCGGCCCCAAGGGUCGUUGUUUGCGACGGUCCCCGGGCCCAGUCAUCGGCCCUCUUUUCCGGUGCCGGAACUAUCGUACUGGUGCCUUAGUUUCCCAGCCGGCAGGCGCAGUGAGGAGGAAGCGGAGGCGACACCGCUCUCACCACUGGGGAAAGGAAGGAGGCGGGCCCUGCGCGCAGCAUUUUGGGAACGAGUGGAAUUCUGGGAGCUGGGCCCGCCAUUCUCUUGAUUCACGCCUUCGCCGUAGCGGCUUUCGCCGUGCACCGAAGAGAAGGAAAAGUAGGCCAGAGCCGAACUCUCUUCCUGCCAAGAUGUCUAUUGGUGUGCCAAUUAAAGUGCUGCAUGAGGCUGAGGGCCACAUUGUAACAUGUGAGACGAACACCGGUGAGGUAUAUCGGGGGAAGCUCAUUGAAGCAGAGGACAACAUGAACUGCCAGAUGUCCAACAUCACAGUCACAUACAGAGAUGGCCGAGUGGCACAGCUGGAGCAGGUGUACAUCCGUGGCAGCAAAAUACGCUUUCUGAUUUUGCCUGACAUGCUGAAGAAUGCACCCAUGUUAAAGAGCAUGAAAAAUAAAAACCAAGGCUCAGGGGCUGGCCGAGGAAAAGCUGCUAUUCUCAAGGCCCAAGGUAGGUGCUCUUCAUGCACAGGUUUUAAAAUAUAGGUUCGUCUUGUGUCUUGUAGAAAGGGGCCCUGUUACUGCCUGGGAACAGAGAGGGCUUGACCUCUGCUCUCUCCACAUCUACUGCCACCCCUUCCCCUUGCUGCAAUGGAGAGAUCCCGUGGG